CACAAUACUUCUCUCUCUCUCUGCCCCAAAAAGACCAAAAACCCAUAAAUCUUUGAGAGAGAAAAUGAAGAGAAGAAAGUUGUCACCAACUUCAUCAUCUUCAUGUUCUUCUUCUUCUUCAUGCAUUAAUAAUGAACACCAAAUCCCAAAAUCCAAAAAACCUCACAAGAAGAAAAACAACGCUUUGAACUCAAAUCAAAAUGCUGACACCAAUCGCAGAAGCUCCAUUUUCAGAGGUGUUACCAGGCAUAGAUGGACUGGAAGAUUUGAAGCACAUCUAUGGGACAAGGGUACAUGGAACAACAUUCAAAACAAGAAAGGAAAGCAAAUUUAUUUGGGGGCGUAUGAUAGUGAAGAGGCUGCUGCUCGCACAUAUGAUCUUGCUGCCCUUAAAUAUUGGGGACCGGACACGACCCUCAAUUUCGAGAUAGAUACCUAUAAAACGGAUAUCCAAGAAAUGGAAAAACUGUCUAAGGAUGAAUAUUUAGCUUCGUUAAGGCGACGAAGCAGUGGAUUUUCAAGAGGUGUUUCAAAAUACAGAGGGGUAGCAAGGCACCAUCAUAACGGAAGAUGGGAGGCACGGAUUGGACGAGUUCUUGGAAACAAAUACCUGUACUUGGGAACUUAUAGCACUCAAGAGGAAGCAGCUGCAGCAUAUGACUUAGCAGCCAUUGAGUAUCGAGGUGCAAAAGCAGUAACUAAUUUCGAUAUCAGCAUCUAUGCCGAUCGCUUGAAGAAUAGCGUACCACAAACCCAAAAUACUCCUGAGUCCACCGAAGUAGAAGCGUCACCAAAAGAGGAACGUAAUGGAGAGGUUCAUCAUGAUAAAAAUCACCAUGAGCAACAAGGAGAAGAGGAAACAACAGUAGUAAGGGAAAUAGAAGAGUCAUUGCCCGAUCAGAUUCAUGAUCUCGACUUCCCACAUUCGGUUGAGGAAGAACACCCGUGGAGCUUGUGCUUGGAUUCAAAUUACAAUUUCCUUCCGCUUCCACACAUUCCUUUCGAUAAAUCAGGUGAAAUGCUUGACUUGUUUGACGAUACUGGCUUUGAGGACAAUAUUGACAUCAUUUUUGAUGGGCCAUUGUCGUUUGGAAACGAAUUGGAGAAAGUACCCACAUGUAUUGCUUCACCUUCGUCGUCGUCUUCCACGACAACCUCCCUUUCAUGUCUGAAUUCACAUUGCUGAAUAUGAGGUUUAGAUCGUUGAUUAGGCAAGGUUUCGUUUUGUUUCUUCCAAAUUUAAUGUUGUAUUUUCAAGUAGACAAUAGAUACCAUUGGCAAUAGUUUGAGUUUUUUUUUUUUU